UCUCUCUCUCUCUCUCUCUCUCUCUCUCUCUCUCUCUCUCUCUCUCUCUCUCUCUCUCUCUCUCUCUCUCUCUCUCCAACACGAACCAUUAAUACUGUUUAGAUACGUCAACGAUAACAAACAAACACAUUUCCUAUUUCCCAUUAACCACUCCCUCCAUCUCUCUCUGCCUUUACCCCUUUUCCUCUCCCUUUUCCCCUUGUGUUCCUCCCUUCGCUUACCCUUCGUCCCCUCUCACCGGCUCUCUCUCUGUAUUCACUCUCUGUCCACUUUCCACUCCAUCCAUUCUUUCCUUCUGUAUUUCCCUUCCACAUCCUUGUCUGGCGUGACGUGGUGGACAAUGGUGGUGUUGAAAGGGUUGUCCAUGGCGGUGGUAGAGUGAAGGAGGGGCAGGUGGAAUAUGGUGAAGUCAGUGAUGGGUUUUGUAAUGGUGUGUAUCACUGGGGGGGUUUUAUUUUUUAGGCUCUUUUGGUUUUCUUUUAGUUUUUUUUUCAUAUUUUAACUUUGAGAGAGAGAGAGAGAGAGAGAGAGAGUGUGUGUGUGUGUGUGUGUGUGUGUGUGUGUGUGUGUGUGUGUUGAAUGUACGUCUUGCCAAUCCGUCCUUUGCAUGGGUGAUGAGUUUAAUCAGUGUAUCGAGGAAGAGGAAGAGGCGCCAUAGUGGGUCUGUGUGUUUUCUCUUAAGUCAACUGACACACAUACACGCGGGGCGAGGGAAGGCCGCCAGCCAGCAGGAAACAGGCAAGGAAGAAAACGGAGUAACACACAUCCAUAUACUCUUGUUUCCUCGCUUGCACGUGUUGGUUGUGUCGUUGCGGGCUGGUUAUAGAGUGUUGCCGAAUGCAGGCUCUGUGUCACGUACUGAAGUUCUUCGUUCCUUCAGGGUCAAUUCAAAGCCACAGUGAGCAUUAGACAGAUUUGAAGUGUGGCCGUGGCGGCGUGGUGACCUCGCGGCGCAGCGUGAUGGAGUAGCACGCCGCCAUGCUGGAGGUGCUGGUGCUGGGCGUGGUGGGCCUCGCCUACAGCUGCGUCCAGACACUCUUCUUCCUCAACUGCCUCAACUCGAGACGGCGGGAGAGGCGGCGGCUGGAGCGAGUGUUCAGAAACAGUCUGAGGACGGUCAAGGCCCCCAGCGGGAAGGAAACCCACCGUUCCCAUGAGAGACAUGAAGCGGAAGUGUCCCCUGCAGCCCGAAAUGAAAACGGGACCGCAGUGGAGCAAGUCACCUGCAGCAACACAAACACCACGGCUGGGCGGUGCGAGGGGCGGCUGGUGACGCGGCUUGUGGUGAAGAGUGGGAAGGAGGCCGCCCCAGGGUCCCACGAGGGAGUGUCCCCAGACCCGCGCUACGUCCGCGUGCAGAAUGUCAUUGUGCACCACGGCGGGUCGGGUGUGGAGGCUGGGCGUGAGUCUGCAUCUGCCGGCCUGGACUCCCCGCCGCGGCAGCCUGCCAGUGUGAGCCUCGACCACCACGGAGACACCACUGCAGCUCCCGAGGCUGCAGUCAACACCAUCACCGUUAACUCCAACAUGAUCCAGGUGUCUGGUGACGCCCACCCACUGUUGCCACCCGCCUACGAGUCACUGGAUGGCGAGCCGAUGUCCAUUCUGACGCAGGUGACCACGCUGGGCGAAGACAGUGGCGACGGGCGCCACACUCCUCCAGAUUACUCCUGCAUCGCCGAGGAGGACAUGGAGACGCCGCUGCAGGACUUAUCGCUGUGUGGCGGCCAGGGACCCGUGGACCUCCUGGGUACUAUAUCUCAGAUCCUUCGCAGUCCACCUGAGUCCAUGGAGCCUGGUAGCGAGGCGGUCCACCUGUACGAGGCGCCCACCGAGGUGCCUCUCCUGAGUCCCGCUCAGCAACACAUGGUGUCUCCGGUGGGCGGGGAUGAGGUCAGCUGGAGGAUGACACUCAACGGCGAGGACUUCCACGUCGCGCCGCCACCACCCUGGGGCAGUGUGAAGCGGCCUGAUGCUUCCCUGCCCAGGGACACGUGGACGCUGCCCCGGGCGUGCCGACGCGUCACGCAGGGCCACGGCUCCUUGCCCAGACCCAGAGAGAAAUUGUCUGUGGCUCACGCGGUGGAGGGCAAACUUUCCUCACUCCUCACACCGACACGACCCGCCUCCGUCCAUCCUGCGGGGCGUGACGAAGUGUUGCUGACCGACGGGGCUACGCGAGGCACCUUCACCUCCCAGUUGGACUCCGCCCCGCCCACUGCCGACACCUCCUCGCCGCUGGCCAUCCCCAGCACCGCCAGCAGUGACCCGAUAGCAAGCAGGCGAGAAACAGCGAGUGACGGAGAAAACAGUGAAUCGGAAGUAAGUGAGCCGCUGCGUGCAGGCCACAGUGACCAGCGGGCCGGUGGGGCGGCCGUGACAGAACAUUUGGAGGCGUCUGACGGCCACCACGGGAAGCAACCUUCAGAGCACGACUUAAACGUGAAGGCCGCUGUGCAUGAACCGUCUGCGAACGCCCUUCCCUCCCCCGCCAUGGCCGCGGCCCUGAGGCAGCCCGAGGGAGGGGGCGAGGCUAUCCGCGGCGGCGACAACAUCUACGAGGAGAUCAAGGAGGAGCUGCCGCCGCACGCCGCCGAGGACAGGGACAGCGUGGUCUCCGAGGUGCAGUACGAGAAUAUUUCCGAGUCGGACACCCAUGCAGACUCCGGAUACGAGUCCCCAGUGAAGGCAGACAUCCACAGAAGGGCUGUCCCUAACCAAAAUGGGGCCCUAUGCGAAAGAAAAAUUUCGAGGCAGACCCCCCCCAAGCCCUACCCAAUUCUAAAUGUAUAUUAGGUACGGAAUAACAGUGCACUUAAGUGUCAUUCAAUAUAAACAACGUUUAUUAGUAACAACAAAGAUAAGUAUUAUGUCUCGAGGUAGCGCAUAUGCGCAUCCUUUGCGCAUGUGCGCAAAAUGCGUUUCCUCGCGCAAAAUUCCCUAUGAAUCGCGGGGCCCUACGCACUGCGCGUGUUCUGCGUGUAGGCAAGGGCGGCCCUGAUCCACAGCAUUUCAUUUUUCAAUCAAUGUUCUUACUCAUUCAUGUCUUUAUUCACCCUCGACCAUGUAUUUCAUCUCACAAACCUUCGUCAUAUUUAGUUCUCCUCCACCUCACGUCCUCCUUUCCAUUGCAGUGAAGGCAGACUUCCUCAACAGUUUAUAUUUUCAUCAAUGUUCAUAGUUUCUCAUGUCUCUAUUCACCCUGUACCAUUCAUCUCACAAACCUUUGUCAUAUUUAGUUUUCCACCACCUC